UUAGCACCAGGAAAGCUUCACCUUCAACUUCAGCUGCUCAACUCAUCACAACACAACAACAGUGGUUUCAGGUAGCCAUGAACAGAAACUCACCUUCGCUUGCUCAACUCAACAAAAUUUAACAACCCUUUUAGGCUUUAGCCCACUUUCCUCUCUCUCUCUCCCUCUCUCUUUUCUUUUUCUUUUUUUCGGUUUUGGUACCUAAACACACACAGAAAAAAAUCAGAGGUUGUUUUUUCUUCUUUUAUGGCACAGAUUCAAUUGACUGCUUCAGCCCCUCUUGUACCUUUCAAUUGUGGUGCAAAGCAACUGAGUAAGUCAGUACUUGUCUGUUCUUCAAGAAGAUGUGCAAUUUUUUCUACGCUAUCAUUCACAAGUUUUAGAAGCACAAAAGUUCGAAACUUUGAAUUGGGUGCAAGCACAGCAGCAGCUAGUAAUGAAGGUUUCGAAGAGGUAGUUGAAGGUCAACCACUACCAGCCUUGGGCUCUUCUUAUACAUGGCCAGAUAAGAAGCCGUCCCAUCGAGACCCACCUCAUAAAAUGAAGGGCAAGAGCCGUUUGUUCACGAUCGGGCUCGUCACCGCCUGGUACUCAUCCAACAUUGGGGUUCUGCUGCUGAACAAGUACUUACUCAGCAACUAUGGCUUCAAGUACCCGAUCUUCCUCACCAUGUGCCACAUGACCGCCUGUUCUUUGCUCAGCUACAUAGCAAUUGCUUGGAUGAAGAUGGUUCCUAUGCAAACCAUUCGAUCCCGGGUCCAAUUCUUGAAGAUCACGGCGCUGAGCCUUGUGUUUUGUGUGUCGGUCGUUUUUGGGAACAUUUCGCUUCGGUAUUUGCCGGUCUCGUUUAACCAGGCUAUUGGGGCCACCACGCCUUUCUUCACUGCGGUCUUUGCCUACUUUAUGACUCUCAAAAGGGAAGCUUGGCUCACCUAUCUCACCCUCGUUCCUGUUGUUACAGGGGUCAUCAUUGCAAGUGGGGGUGAACCAAGCUUCCAUCUGUUUGGUUUCUUGAUUUGUGUCGCAGCAACUGCUGCAAGGGCACUUAAAUCAGUGCUUCAAGGGAUUUUGCUUUCUUCCGAAGGGGAGAAGCUGAAUUCCAUGAACCUCCUUCUAUAUAUGGCUCCGAUAGCUGUUGUUUUCCUACUUCCUGCAACACUUAUCAUGGAAGAAAAUGUGGUUGGUAUAACACUAGCUCUUGCAAGAGAUGAUGUCAAGAUCAUAUGGUAUCUACUAUUCAAUUCAGCAUUGGCAUAUUUUGUAAAUCUGACCAACUUCUUGGUCACAAAACACACCAGUGCUCUGACUCUUCAGGUACUAGGAAAUGCUAAAGGAGCUGUAGCUGUGGUGGUCUCAAUAUUAAUUUUUAGAAACCCUGUCUCCGUGACUGGAAUGAUGGGUUAUUCUCUCACAGUCUUUGGAGUGAUCCUUUACAGUGAAGCCAAGAAACGAAGUAAAUGAUGAUUCUAGGAAAGCACUGGUGGAACUUCCUAUGUUUUGUUUUCCAUACUGCGAGAACAGCGGUGGUCAUCCUGGAGGCAAGUUGGCGCCACAUGUUGGUGCCGGGAUUUUGCCUCCACGAAUUCUAUUUUUCCCCUGGAGGCCUAAGUGCGUGGCUUCCAUUUGUAUCAGCAACAACGCAGGAUAAGUCAAAAGUAGGAAACUUAAUAAGUGACUAGUAUGGUCUCUAUUAUUCCCAGCUUUGGGUUUACGGAGGAAAUAUAUUUUUAUCGUUUAUUCUUUCAGAAAAAGGGUUGUAGAAUUGGUCUCCACACAAUCAGUCUGUUAUUAACAUUUCUUAUAUUGAUUAAUUAAUGAAAGAAAACAUUCAUAAUUUCACAA